CACCCACACAUCCCCAGCCAUGGAUAUUCGAGUCUUGCGAUGCUCGGACAUUCCGCAUGUCCAGCAAACGAACAUCACAAACCUGCCCGAGAACUACUUCUGCAAAUACUACAUGUACCAUGCCAUGUGCUGGCCGCAAUUGAGCUAUGUCGCAGUUGAUGUCUCGAGACCCAAAAAGUCACCAUACGAUGCGCCCAAAGUCGUGGGAUACGUCCUUGCGAAAAUGGAGGAGGAUCCCUCGGAUGGAAUACAGCACGGUCACAUCACAUCUCUCAGUGUCAUGAGGACACAUAGACGGCUAGGAUUGGCAGAGAAGCUCAUGCGGCAAAGUCAGCGAGCCAUGUUCGAAACCUUUGGCGCACAAUACGUCUCCCUCCACGUCCGCGUCUCCAACAUCGCCGCAUUAUCGCUCUACCGGGAUACUCUGGGCUUCAAGGUCGUGGACACCGAGGCGAAGUACUACGCCGACGAUGAGGACGCUUUCAGCAUGCGAAUGGAUCUGGACUACCUAAGAGAAGAGGCAUUGGACGCAGAGGAUUCGGACGAGGAGGACUCAUCGGUUGGCAAAGACGAAGGUGGCGAGGUCGGUAGCUUGGGCAAUGGCGGUGAUGGUCCAGACUCCGCGCCGAGGACGAAAGAGAAGAAGGUGAAAGUGAAGGUGGGGCGACAACUGGGCGUGGGCGAUCUGGUUGAGAGGACAGCUACCCAAAGCUGA